AUGAUCCAGACGUACAUGCUCCUGCUGAUCCUGAUGACUCUCAGCUCUCUGUCUUGCGCUGAAAAUAAGACAGAGGUGACUGUUUCCUGUCCAGAACACCGGAACGCCUUUGGAGCCUCCUGCUAUGAGUUUGUGGGUCUCCGGCGUAGUUUCUCCGGUGCUCAGGCUUGGUGUGAGCGGCAUGGAGGACACCUUGUUUUCAUCCGGGAUGAAGGAACUCAAUAUUUCCUUCAAAGACACUCAGACCCAAAGAAGGAUUUGUGGUUCGGAGCAGCGUCCUCUGCUUCUACAAACCUGCAGUAUCCUCCAACUGCUGGAGGUCCUCUCACUUGGCUGGACGGUUCAGACAUCACCUAUUCGAGCUGGGUGAGCAGCCCACAGCCAGGAGCCGCAUGUGGACACAUACUGAGAGACUCAGGCUUCCAAUGGGAAGCAACAAGAGACUGCAACAAAAGACUGCCCUUCAUCUGCCAGUUUGAGUCUGGGAGAUCCAUUGCAUGUGCAGGUCAUAACACCACUCUACGUUGUGGUUCUGGUCGAGUCUUAAUGAUAGAUGGCGGCUUCUACGGUCGGAAGAACAUCCAUUACUGUCGAUCCUCACCGCUAACACCACCCACACAGUUUCAGUGUGGCUGGGUGGACGCUGCAGAAGCACUGAGAGCUCACUGUCAUGGCCGUCAGGUCUGCCAGAUCACUGAAGUUAUGCACACCUUUGGUGAACCCUGUCCUCAGCUGGGGAGCUACCUGUCUUUGGACUACCACUGCAGAGAAGGACUCACACUGUCCGUGAGCGCUGUGGCUGCCGUGUCUGAUGACAUCAGCAUCAGUGUGAACUGGCUCUUAGAUUUGCAGCGCGGAGACCUUAAUUGCAAGCUGACGACGGGAGAUGGCCACAUUAUUUAUCUGCGCAGUCCAGAGGGGCUGGAGAGCGGAGUGGUGCAUAAAUAUGCUCAUCCAGGCUCAUUUGUUGUGGCAGUUGAAUGCACCGGCAGUGACACACACAUUACAGCUCAGAAAAUAAUAGACAUUCAAGAGCCCAUCAGAAAUUUUGGUGUCAUCACAUGCUAUGCUGGGAAACUGUCCUUUCAUGCAGCCAACUGCAAAGCUCUUUACAAAGAGCCAUUUCAGAUUCAAAUGGAGGUAAAUGCCGGGACAAAUGUGACCUACAGAAUCCAGAGCGAUGAAAUGUUGCUGCCCGGUUUGUCUGUUGUCAGAGGAAACGUUCCCCAGAACAUCACAGUGACUCCACAAAUGGUGGAGCAGCUUGGGCCCGGCUGCCACCAGCUGACCAUUUACGCAUCGAACAUGGUCACGUUCCCCAAAAUGUCUACAAAUCUGCAGGUUUGCGUGUUGGAGAAAGUAUCCGGUCUUCAGGCCUUUGUGGUGACAGAGCAGGACGACUGUCUAGACUCUACAGAUAUAACGGUCAGUGUUUCCCUUGAAAGAGGAGUGCCUGUGCUGCUGCUUUUCACCUUUACUGGAGACGAUAACUCAUUCACUGAGACCAGAAAGAUGAAUACAAGGAAGGACGUUUUUCAUAUUGGACAUCAGAUACAUGGAUCUGUGCAAGUGAAACUCAAGGCGUGGAACGUUUUCUCCUCUUCAGAGGUGGAUAUGUUCGCUUUCUGCAGCAAGGAUUCAGCUGCUACAGUGGCGAAGAAACAUAUCAGAGUGGCCAGAUCUUCACAGACAAUCGAUGCAAAACCAUCAGAGUCGGUGGACAAAAAGGAAAAAAUCGAGCUUUCAUUGCAUGAUGUGCAAAAUCUAAACGACAAUAGCAAACGAUACCAGUGGUCAUGCACGAAUCCCUGUAAAUGCCAGUUUAGUUCUGACGGACUGACAUACGAAAUCAGAAAAGACUGCGUACCGACACCAUUUGAAUUUAAUAAGUAUCAUUUUAAAGUGAUAAACAAAGCUGACAAUAACGUGGACGACUCUGUAUCCAUAUGCAUCACUCUCACUCCAAAGAAGAUGUCAAAGGCAAGCAUUACUUGUACUGACGGCUGUAACCAAGUACAGAUAGUAAAGGAUGUAAAAUUGAAAAUUACUUGUGAUGGUGAUGAUUGUGAAAACCAUGUGUGGUACACUGAGGACCAGAGAGUGUAUAGCCAGUGGCUGGUAAGUCUUAAUCAAUUAUGAAUUAUUUGGAAGU